AUGGAUGGAUCAAACAUCACGGAGCAUGUAGAAGCAGCGCAAGAGGAGAUUCAGACCACACCAAACGAACGCUUCGAAUGCGACGACGGCGUCAAUACGGCCCAAAAGCGUAGCGCUCGCGACAUCCAUGGCUGGAAGUGGGCCACCGCUUACGUUUCUAUGCUAUCUACCACGCUUCUCUUCGCUCUUGACAACACCAUUGUCGCCAACAUCCAACCAGCCAUCAUCAAUGACUUUGGGCAUCUCGAGUUACUUGCAUGGAUCGGAACCGGCUUCGCACUCGGCACCAUGUUCAUUCUCCUUUGGGGAAAGGUCUACGGUGUCUUCAACAUCAAGUGGGUUUACAUCUUCAACAUCUUCUUGUUUGAGGCGGGCAGUGCUCUUUGCGGUGCUGCUCCGAACAUCGAGGCACUCAUCAUUGGCCGUGUAAUUGCUGGCGUCGGUGGCUCAGGAAUGUACUCAGGCACUCUCACUUAUAUUUCUGUUCUCUGUAACAGUCAGGAGAAGCCAGCAUAUCUUGCCGGUAGCACCGUGGUUUGGGGUAUCGGCAGCGUCCUCGGUCCAGUGGUCGGCGGCGCCUUUGCGAUGAGCAGCGCCACCUGGAGAUGGGGGUUUUAUAUCAAUCUUCCCAUUGGCGCCAUCUUUGCGCCUGUCUACCUCCUACUCUUUCCCAGCAUCGAUCCUCAUCCAUGCAAGACGCUCGCGGAUAAACUUUGUCUGAUCGACUGGAUCAGCGCCGUCAUCUUCCUUUCUGGCUCCACCUGCCUGACAAUCACUCUGACCUUUGGUGGAGUCAUCUACUCGUUCGUUUCCGGCACUGUAGUCGCGCUAUGGACUGUUACAGGUGUUCUUUUGAUCGCCUUCAUCGUCAUGCUGAAAUUACACCCCUUGGUCACCAAGGAGAAUCGCUUGUACCCUCUGCACUUCUUCAAGCAGCCAACCUUGAUCAAUAUGCAGGUACAAGUAUUUCUGUCCUCGGGUAUCGUCUUGGCCAUGACCUACUAUGUUCCCCUGUAUUUCCAGUUCGUCAAGGGCGAUGGUGCGCUUGAGGCGGGGGUUCGUCUACUACCUUUGAUCAUGUUCAUGGUUAUGGCCUCAAUGUUCAACGGUUUCUUGAUGCCUAAAUAUGGCACGCUUGCACUUCUCGGGACAGCUUUGAUGUACACGGUCGAUGAAAACACGUCCAACGCGAAUAUCUAUGGCUACAACAUCCUCGUAGGAACGGGCACGGGCUGCUAUAUCGUUGCCGGAUUUGCUAUAGUACAGUCUCUAGUUCCUGCUCACGACAUAGCCAACGCCAUUAGCGCCAUGGCAAUAGCUCAAGAUCUUGGGAUGGUAUGUUUCCUUGCCAUCAGCAGCAGCCUGUUCCACAACAUAGCCGUCGAAAAGGUUGGCAAGGCUCUACCAGAAGUCGCCUCUGCGGAGAUCGGCGACCUCAUUGCAGGAUCAAGCAGUAAGGCUUUCAGGGGAUUGUCUGAAGCGGAGAAAUCUUUGGUCAUCCCGGAGAUUGCGAGCGCCAUGAGUAGCGUAUGGACUUUCUUCCUUGCUGCUGCUGCGCUCAGCGUGGUAUGCUCCGUGCCUUUGCUUGUGAGUAGUCUUUAG